UAUGAGAAACAGUAAGCAGAAUUUAUACUGAGAUUGUUUGUUUUAAUGUAACAGUUACUUUAUAAAUCCUAAAUGUUUUGAGGUGGAUAUGAUAUGGAAAAUGAAAACUCUUAUGAAGAUUCUGUGUCUUUUCGUAGUUUUCAGUGGUGUAUUGAUGAAGUCUGGAGAUGUUUUUGAGGGAACAGUGGGUGAAAAGGUGGAGAUCAAAUGUCCAUAUCCAGAUGAUUACAAAUAUACACCCAAGUACCUUUGCCGUCAUCCAUGUAGAUCAGAGCAUGUUUUGAUUAAAAGUGCAAAGAUUGAUCAGGUCGAUCAGAAUGGAAGAUACUCUUUGAUUAAUACUGUGAGUGGAAGGUUCUUUACUGUAACCAUCAAAGAUCUCAGACUCAAAGACUCUGGUGUUUAUUACUGUGGACUUGAUAAAUGGUUCCGUGACACAUUGAAAAAAGUUCAUCUCUCUGUCCGUCAAGCAGCUCCAGUGGAUAGACCUUCACACACCCCUGAAAACACAAUUAUAACUACAACUGCAUCUACAUGGACAAUAACACUCACCUCUGCAGAUAUUUUUCACUCAUAUGAAGUGUUACCAACAGUCCUAUCGUCAGGUUCCACUCCUUUAAUCAACAGAUCUGAUGUGACUGCGGUUUGUGCAGGUGUUUUGUCACUCCUCGUUUUCUCGAUUCUUGUGCCUUUACUGUUUAUCUACAGGAAAAGAUCAGAUUCAAAGUUUAGAUGUAAGAUCACACACACUUUAAGACUUCAACUGCAACAAUUUCAAGAUCCAGCAGAAUUCAAACAGACUGUGGGCGAUGUCUGUCACCCCUGUGAAGAAACGAAAGUAGUGUAUAUUUUGGAUGAUCCACCUAAAGGAGACAGUUCUUCAUUUAGGCCUACUUCAUAUUCAUCUGUACAUUACUGUGAUCACAUGACUCAAGAACAGGGUCAUUCUUAAAUGUUACAUUGAAUAUUUACUGUUCUCCAUGUUUGGCCCUAUUUAAUCUCAUGAGCAGAAGCAUAUUCAUCGCUUCUCACUUUUUAUCUCUAUGAUACUGACAUAAUUUCUUUAAUUAUUUCAAUAAAAACAAUAAAAACUAUAUUGUCUGCAGCCAUCCUUAAGUCUGAUGACCAGGCGUUAUGAAUGGUAGUUCACCAUUUCCUGGGUGGCACAUCAGGCGCUCUGCUAUUGUUUAUUUUUGACACUGUUUGCAGAGCAUUUGUGGUGCAUGUGGUCAAAGAAUGGAACACUUUGCAAAUGUUCAUGCCUAUGAGUUGCAAACCAAAUAAGCGACUACCCCUUGUCUUUGACUUACGAAUAUCUGUGUGGUCAUAGCCUAUAGUAUGGCUAAAUGUUAUAGCCUAUGUUACAUAUUAAGAGCAUUGAAUCGCCAAUUUGGUGAUUCUGCAUGAACCCCAGUUCCAAGAUUAUCAGAAUAUUGGGAUUUUUGAUUGUUACAGUCCAGGUUCUUCUGCUGUACUGGUCACCUUUGAGCUCAUAGGAAAGACUCUUAAAGGAAUAGUUCACCUAAAAAAAUGAAAGUUCUGGCGUCAUUUGC